UCCCCCCCCCCCCGGAGCAUUAUUUUAAUUCCCAGCAGUAUUCUCAACUACAUGUGUUCCUAUUAACAGGGUACUUAUCACCUUUCUGGACUCACUGGGAGAGGAUUUCCUGGCCUUUUUGUUUUAACAACUGGAGAAACUCGACCAAGUUUCUCCCUCCUCCCGGUUUCUGCCUGAGGAAUGAGAGGAUUGCCGGGGAGGAAGAGCCGAAACUCUCGGGUCUGAGCGAACAAAAGGACAGAAACGGAGGGAACUGCUGCCGAAAAUGGAGGAAAAGACUUUCCCUGGAGCAACACCUCCCUGCUCAGCCCUAGAAACAACUUUUUUGAGACCUGGCCCAGAGGGAGAAAGCAGCCCCCUGAAGAUGGACAACGCCCAGCGGAUGGAGUCUCCGGAUAAAAAGGACACCGAUCGAAGACCAGCGACACCCAUGAAACCUGACAUCUCUCGAUCACCACGCUCUCCGGCAUCUCCAGUGCCCAGGUCAAAAAGAGAUGGUACGAAGUCAGAGGAGAGACAGAAGCUUGCAAAAGAACGCCGGGAGGAAAAGGCCAGGUAUCUCGAAGAGCUCAGCAAGUUGCAAGCUGCCAAAAAGAACCAGUGGCUGGAGAAGGAGGAGAAGGCACGGCAGCUGAGGGAGCAACAGCUGGAAGAACGUCGCAGGAAGCUUGAGGAGCAGCGGAUCAAGGCAGAGAAACGGCGAGCUACCUUGGAAGAGAGGCAGAAACAGAAACUGGAGAAGAAUAAAGAACGCUACGAGGCAGCAAUCCACAGGUCGACCAAGAAGACGUGGGCGGAAAUCCGCCAGCAGAGAUGCUCAUGGGUCGGCACGGUAUCCCCGAACUCCAGCCAGAAAGAGAGCAGAUGUUCUGUCUCGGCGGUCAACCUGCCCAAACAUGUGGACUCUGUUAUAAACAAGCGGCUCUCCAAGUCCUCAGCCACACUCUGGAACUCCCCCAGCAGAACCCGCACCCUUGCGCUGAGUCCGUGGGAGAGCAGUAUAGUGGACCGGCUCAUGACGCCCACCCUGUCGUUCCUCGCUCGCAGCCGCAGUGCCGCUAGUGUCCUGAACAAUGGAAAAGAUGGACACUCUGCUGUAUGCCCUCGCUCGGCCUCAGCCAGCCCCCUCACCCUCUGUGCCCACCAGCCCCACCACCGCUGCUCCGACCGCUGGAGGGUGACGUCCAGCACGCCAGACAUCACUCAGCGGCAGCACAGACGAAGCUCCACUCCUAUUGAUAAAAACAAGAAGGAGAAGAGAGACAAAGAACGGGAGAAUGAGAAGGAAAAAAAGGCCAUCACUAAGGAGAAGGUGCUGAAGAAGAGGCAAUCCCUGCCCAGUAUGAGACACAGACCUGAUCCAAGUCCAAGUCCGUUAUCAAGACAACGACCAGGAUCCCCAGCCACACCCAGGGGCAGAACUGCCUCUCCUAGCCCCGCCGGCUCCCCAAAGCCCCCAUCAUCACAUGGUAGCCCAGCUUCUUCUAAGGCCCGACCCAAAAGAGCCAGCACCCCAGCCAGAAUAGACCACCGAACCUCUUCCCCCGCCCCACUGGAGAGAGUGAAGGAGCCUCGCAGGCCUACCACUCCAGAAAGACGAAAAAGUUCCCCUGUGGCUCCUGCCAUCACAGUUUCUGCUGCUGCUUCCACGCCUCAAACCCCAAGCGUGCCGGUUGCCGCCAGCACCGCUCACACUCCUUCCCAACCCGAGCUAGUGACUUCAGCCCCGUCAGUCCGCGCUGUGUCACCUUCACCCUCUCCGUCAGCCAAGCCCAUGGCAGGCACCAACAACCCAGAGGAGGCUGCUCGCAUCCUGGCAGAGAAACGCCGACAGGCCCGAGAGCAGAGAGAGCGGGAGGAUCAAGAGCGCCGUGAACAAGAGGAGAAGGAGAGGAUCCUGAGAGAGGAGCGAACUGCAAGAGAGGCAGAGGAGAGACAACGCAGGGAAGAGGAGGCCCGAGCCAUGGCUGAGGAGCAGCGGAGGAGGGACGAAGAGAAGCGGCUGCAGGAGGAGAAGGAGGCUGAGGAGAAAGCCAAAGCUGAGCAGGAGGAGAACCUACGUUUACAGAAACAGAAGGAAGAGGCUGAGGCAAGAGCCCAGGAGGAGGCGGAGAAGCAGCGACUGGAGAGGGAGAAACACUUUCAGAAGGAGGAGCAGGAGAGACUGGAGAGGAAAAAGCGUCUGGAGGAGAUCAUGAAGAGGACACGCAAGACUGAUGGGUGUGAAAAGAAAGAGGCUAAAUCCACUUCAGUCAAUGACAGACAGGCGGAGAGCAGCAAAGCAUCUGCUGACUGUCAGCCGAAACUGGGCGGGAGCCAGCCCAACGAGACGGAGAAUGGACAGAGUAAUGUCAAUGAAAGCCUCUCUGUGGUUAAUGGACUCCAGCCCCUGAGGCAUGAAAAUGGUCUCGUUUCUAAAGGAGAUGCUGCCCACUUCGAAGACUUCAUCCACCUCACAAACCAGGACAACACCGCCAACGGUGCCCGGGACAAUUCUGAGACCAGCACAUCUGAGCCCAUCCUCGCUUUUGAAAGCGAGGAGUCCUUCAUGAAGAAAACAGGCCCGAUGAAGCCUCAGCAUGUUGCAGAGAUUCUGUGAGAGCUUCUGCUGUUGGAGGGGUCCUGUCGCCUUAGAUUGUCCUGAGCCCUGCCAACGCUCGCACAGCGUGCCCUGUGACCUGUGCCAAUUGUAAAUCUUCAUCCAUGCUCUGAAAAGUAAACAUGCCUCUCUGAGGAUGAUAGUUUCCACUGAAGAUAACCCAUUAGGGAAAAACCAGACGACACGGGAUGGAACAUACUGUUGCAUAUGUAGCACACGUGCAUCAGUUUCACCUUUUUAUAUAUCUUCAUGCCACUGAUUCAGGACUCUACAACACUCUGCUUCAUUCUUCCUACCAGCUGACUAAUAUUACAGAUGAAUAAUGUUUUAUUUGUUCUUUAGUUAUUUAACUGAAAGAAGAAUAUGAGACUGGUCAUGUCUUUGUGAAUACUGUAAAUGAACUUUGUGUCGGAGGAAGAAGGAAACCACUCUGUGGAUUUAAAGCUCAACAGAAGGGAAUCUCAUCAAAACCCAGCUAUUCUACAGCCUGGUUUGUAUAAAUCUACAUGUAACAGUUUUUGUAAAGUUAAACAGAAAAAUGCAAGCUGAAGGGGAAACUGCUUGCCACUGUCUACUAUCUUUGAAUGAUGGUAUGCAAAACCUGGAUGUACUGAUAAAAUAUUCAUCUCUGUUGCUGUUAAAGUCAACCUUCUACAAAAGGAUUUACUUCUGCUGUAGUUAUUUCUCCUCCCACACUUGUUUAGGCAUGGCAGUUUUCUCUCAUUUGCAUUGAGAUCCACCAAACCUGUAGGUGUUUGAAAAGCUGUAUAUGCUCUAAAUUAAAUUUUGCUGUGUUGUAAGGUCAGUGGGAGUAUCCUAAGUCUUAAUAAAGACAGUCUACUCUGGA